GCAGGUUACAGAUAUGCGGUCAUACCUCCCUGGUCCGGUCGGGGAUUCCUAUGAAGGAUCCUCUCGUUCAGCAUCCCGGAGCUUUGAAAUAGAUCGAUCGCCCUCCUGAAGGCUCAGGAUGCGAUGUGUACGAUCAAAUCAAACAUUCACCAGCCUUUCUUCCCCCCAUUUCUGACAGGUCAUACAAACAUCGCCGAACAGUUGCAGCUCGACCGGAAACAAUCCUCCCCCUUCUUUUUUAUUUUUAUCUUUCUUUCCUUUUCUUUAUUUUUAAUUUCCUGCCUAUUCCUGCAUGGUCCCAAAUCAAACGGAUCGAAUCGAAAUGUAAAAACAGAAACACAUCACCUUUCCUGCCACACCUACUUACUCCCCGGUCCAACGACGGUGGCGGAGACCGCUGGGAUGAUCAAUGCACAAUUACGUAGGAAUCCCUGCAGCCAGCAAAAGCGGGGAACCGACGACUCGCCGGAUCUCACGUCGGUGGGAUUGCAGGGCGCAGAGGGAGGGAUACGUAGGAGCAGGUAGGAGUGGGUAGGUACUUCUGCGUUGAGGGCAUUGCCGAAUCAUCCUUCCCUAUC